AGUUGAAUUUUAUAGAGUAUUCCAUAUUCCUCAAACGAUAUUGGCUGAACUGAAGUACUAUUAUAGUUAUGAUCUUAAAGAAAUUAGUGAUAUUCACAUAUGCAAUUUUAACUAUUUAUAAUGUGCAUUGUAAAGCCGGUUCAAUGGAGAAUGUUGCGGUCAAACACAUGUCUGGACCAGAAGAAUGUUCCAAUAAAGUUGAUGUAGGCGAUGUGGUAUCUAUUCACUAUACAGGUAAGUUGAAGAAUGGAAAACUUUUUGAUUCUUCAAAAGAGAGAGGAGAGCCAUUGACGUUUGAAAUUGGAGCAAGAAAUGUAAUUCCGGGUAUGGAAAGAGGGAUUAUUGGAAUGUGUAUUGGUGCAACUAGGGUUCUCACCAUUCCUCCCCAUUUAGCCUAUGGUCCCAAUGGACAUCCCCCAGUUAUUCCACCUGAUUCGACUUUGAUUUUUGAGGUUACAUUGGAAAGAAAACAACAAAAGAAUGUAGUUGAUAAGUUUAUGGUUUCAGUUUUCCAAUUUCUAAAAUUGAUAAGCUUUCCUGUGUUUGGCGUUUAUAUUGUCUAUAUUGUCUAUAAGAAAUAUAAAAGGGAAGACGAGCAAAGAAAAGAAUCAAAAAGAAAAAUGAAGCAGGAAAGAAAAGUAGAGAAAAAAGUUGAGAAGAAAAUAAAGAAAAAAUAA